AUGACGGAAGCAAGUGAGGUAAAGAUCGAGUACAAGCGAGACGAACAAACCAAGCGAGCCAAGCGAACCGGCGGCCCCGACCGCGUGAUUGAAUGCACGGAGAAAGAGGAGGAGGUGGAGGUGGAAGAGGAGGUGGAGGGUGAAGAAGACGGCGAGGGGAAGCAGCACAACGAGCGGUGGAGGAUCAAGACGGACGGCCUGAUGGUGGCCUACACCCUCCAGCUGCUGGCCCGCACGCUGGCCGAGGUUGGCUUCCUGGUGGGGCAGUACCUGAUGUACGGCGUGGAGGUGGCCCCGCGCUUCAAGUGCGUCCGUGACCCCUGCCCGAAUAGCGUCGACUGCUUUGUGUCGCGCCCCACAGAGAAGACCGUCUUCCUUCUGGUCAUGUACGCAGUCGCCGGUCUCAGCCUCCUGCUCGAACUGUCCGAGAUUGCCUACCUGGGGCUGGGCACCAUCCACGACUCGCUGAGCGGGAGGCACCGGCCACGGAGCAGGGUGGCAGAUGCUGUCGAGCCGGAGUCCACGGCGGGUCCCAGAGCGACGUCACCAUCGGAAUUGUGGCAGCUCCGUGACGAGGUGAAGGAGCUUCAGACGGAGCUGGGGGCGACGCCGAGGGCCCACCAGGAGCCCCCCGAGCAGGCCGCUGGCGGCGCCUCCCACGGCGUGGACGCGCCCCACGACCUGCACGUCUUGAUUUAG